CCGUCUAACAGCUCACUUUCCUGCAGUGAAGACAGCCGUCAGGUAAAAGGACUAUUAAGACGAUUCGAAAGCUAAAUUAUAUUAUACAGGCCUACAUGAGACAAAUAUAGUAAAACGAAGAAGACCACAAUACCAGUCAAGUUAAGACAAUAUACUUUUCAGGACUGUGCAUACAACGCAAAAUGGAAAUCAAUGCACAAGAGUCCCUGAUGUCAGAAUUUGACAUGCCAUCUGUAAUGCAAGUGAAACGUGAAUCCAAAUCACGUCCCAUUUUUGCUCAGGCAAUAACUGCAACUUUGGUGUACUUGACUGCUAUCUGUAAUGGUUUAAGUAGUGGUUAUUCAGCCAUCCUCCUUCCUCAGCUUCGAGCAAACAACAGUGGCUUUGAAUUGGAUGAAGAUAUUGAGUCAUGGAUCGUAAGCAUCUAUAUUGGUGCUACACCAGUGGGUUGUCUUCUAAGCGGAAUCAUGAUGGAUGUGUGGGGCAGACGGCCCACUGUUCAGAUUGCUGUUUCCUUUGUGUGUGUUGGCUGGAUACUGAUAGCCACUUCAAGUACAUACCCACUUAUGCUCGUUGGGAGAGCACUGGGUGGCUUUGGGAAGGGUGCAACCACUCCUGCUAUCACUUUCCAUUUGGAAGAGAUGGCAGACCCUAGACUAAGAGGCACACUAUCUGCUUGUAUCCUCCUGAUGUAUUCCAUAGGCAUUAUGUUAAUUUCUCUGAUUGGCACCAAUAUGAGUUGGAAAAUAGCAGCAGGACUUGCAGCUGUCAUUGGUUUUGGGGAUCUUGUGGGCUACAGUCUUCUGCAUGAGAGCCCAGUGUGGCUGGUCAGAAACAAUCAUAUCAACAAGGCUAAUCAGGUGUUCAGCUGGUUAUGGGGAUCCGGGCAUCCUGCAGAGGUGGAGAGAGAUCUACAGAAACUUUUAAAAAGAAUAAAGGAUGAGAACACUGAACUUGCCAAACAAAUUAAUACAAAUGUGGCCCCUUAUCAGAAAUGGAAACAGUAUUUCAAACCUCAAAUAUACAAGCCAUUCAUUAUCGUCCAUGUUUUCAACAUCAUUCAAAUUAUCUGUGGAACUAAUCUCUUCAUUUUCUAUGCUGUGGAUAUCAUCUCAGGUCUGAACAGUGAUGGGAGUGUGGAUAUCAACUUAACUACCAUCUUAACAUCAAUUGUAAGAGUUGUAUUCAUGGUUGUCUCUUGUAUAAUAUUAGUAUGGAUUGGACGUCGAACAGUAUGCAUUUCCUCAGGUCUUGGUUCAGGUAUUGCUGCAAUACUAAUUGGUACAGUUGUUCGUAUGCAGAACGUUCAAGCAUGGAUAAUAGUUAGUUUGGUACUCAUAUAUGUGGCCUUCAAUACAUAUGGAUAUUUUGUACUACCACCAUCGAUGAUAGGAGAAAUACUGCCAUCUAAGAUUAGGUGUGUUGCUGGGGCUUACAUUUUUACUAUGAAUGACAUUGGAAUGUUUUGUGCAAGUAAAGCCUUUCCUUCAAUUCUUAAUGCAACUGGUAUCUAUGGACUUUUUUGGAUAUUUGGUGUGUCUUCAUUAGCGUGUUCACUGUUUUUAUACCUAAUGUUACCUGAAACAAAAGGACGCUCUCUUGUGCAAAUAGAAGAGUAUUUCCUGAAACCAAAUGUUUUAUGGCUGACGAGCAAUAAAGCAAUGUAACUUUCACAUUUGAAAUGCUGAUGCAAUGCACUAACCAAGAUCUAAGAGUUGAUAUUUUAAUACCAGUGAGGUUUUUAUGUAUCACAUUUGAGGAUUUGGACUUGAUUCAUAUGGCUCUAGAUAGGAUCCUGUGGCAUGAUUAUGUAAACAUGGUAUCAUCCUCUGGGUUUCAUAAUAGGCACAGAAUAUCUCAGCUAGCUGAGUGACCAUUGCCCUUUCAAGAAAAACUCUGUUCCAUGAACCUAGUUGUGUCAUGCACAAAAUGGACACAUAUUUUUACAUCAGAAUUAAUUACUGUAUAACUUUCUUGUGAGAUCAACGGGGAUAAAGAUUUUCUUGCAUAAUAAAGUGCACUAACUUUUAUUUUGCAAGGAACUGAUACAGCCCUUGGAUGCCACAUGCUUUUCUUCUGUAAGGAGAAGCAUUUCUCAGACACUUAAUAUCAUCUCAGUUCAACAAAUGUCAGAAAAGUCAGUGGCACUCUCUGUCACCAAAUUCUACUUAACUUUUCAUGAAAGUUAUAGCACCCUCAGGGUUAGCAUGUGUGACUUAUGAGUAUUUUGUGAAUAACCUUUGAAAAACACCUAUAUCCUGAUAAGAGUGUGUUGAGUAUGUAAUUUUUCCCAUGUUGAGAUUCCAUAAAUCAAAACUGUUUACUUGUAUCUACAUGCUCUUACCCUAAAACUGUAUACAUGUAAGGGUAAUCUUAGGACACAUUUGUCUUAUUGCUGCUGAGAGCCAAUUUUAAGUUUUAUUUUAGAUAAAAACUUGUGGUCUGUGUAAGCUAGCUAUUGAGAUGUAAUGUAUCUCAGGACUGUUAACAGAGUAAAUCUAUCAAACAGUGCACAACA